CAUCCCCCCAUCCCCCAUCACCAAUCAUCCCAUCCCCGGCCCCGCGGCUCCUAUAAUUCUCGCAUGGCUAUUAGCUUUCGGUCGAUCGUGUCUGCUUUCGUGCUUAAAGCUCGGUUUUCUCUAUUUUACGACUGAUUUCGACGCAGCAUUAUCUCCCGCAAUAUUAGAUGUACGCGGCAGUAAUAACGUGGAGUCUUUAUUUAAAAUCAUUGGCAGUCGAUUAUCAAUUAGCGAUUAUAUCGACACGAUGUAUGUGCUCGUAUUUUCGUAGAUCGUGUUCUGCUUAAGACAUUUGUCUUUUAUUUUUAUAAUGCUGCCAACUGCUACGAUUUGUUAUUGAAGUGCACUGCAUUAUGUCAUUACGUCAUGAGAGCAGCAGCUUAUUAAUUCUAAUCGAGUACACAUUAAUAUGAUAUUUUCCAUACAACCAGCUAGGUUUUGUUGGAAACUAUCAUGUUUACCUACAUCGAAAAUACUUACAACACCUUAUACUGCCGGUGCAGCGCAACCAAAGUCAAAGCCAUCAUCUACGAAGGAAACAACACAGCACACAGCCGGAAACAAAAAGAAGAAAGUUCGUUUCAAUGCGAUCAAUACAAAGACUUCCAUUUUUCCUGACAUAGGCUUCGCAUCUUCCAAUAAUCACGAAGAUCUUCAAAAUAAAAAUACAGCGAUAAGCAAUUCUUAUUGGAAAUGGGGUAAAAUUGAAAUCGACCCAACGCAACUACAUAAAUAUUGUCUUAUGUUAUCGAAAAUAAGGUUAACAUCUUUAGUUGUUAUUACUGCUAUGGGUGGUUACGCUAUAGCUCCAGGACCGUUUGACCUUACCACUUUUUUAUCAUGUUCUAUCGGUACUGGAUUAGUUUCUGCAUCGGCGAAUGCUGUUAAUCAGUCGAUGGAAGUUUCGUUCGAUGCUCAAAUGGCACGAACAAAAAAUAGAGUUCUAGUCCGUGGUUUACUUACUCAAGAACAUGCUAUUACAUUUGCUGCAAUCUCUGGCGUUACUGGCUUAUCUUUAUUAGCGUUUCAAGUCAAUAGUUUAACGGCAAUUCUGGGAGGUGCUAAUUUAAUUUUAUACACGUCAAUCUAUACUCCUAUGAAAAGGAUUACAAUUUUAAAUACUUGGAUUGGUUCUGUAGUUGGAGCAGUUCCACCUCUCAUGGGAUGGGCAGCCUGUGUUGGAAGUAUAGCUGAUCCUGGUGCAUGGAUAAUGUCCGGUAUUUUAUAUGCAUGGCAGUUUCCUCAUUUCAAUGCUCUAUCAUGGAAUUUGAGGCCUGAUUAUUCAAAAGCUGGUUACAGAAUGAUGGCGGUUAACAAUCCAGUUCUUUGUCGCCAAACCUCAUUCAACUACACAGUCGCUUUAACUGGCCUUUCAUACAUUGCGCCACUCUUGGAUGUAACAAAUUGGUGGUUUGCAUUAGUAUCGACCCCUUUAAACGCUUAUUUUCUCUAUCUGGCCUGGGAAUUCAAAAAGCAAGGCGAUGCUAAAACUUCGCGACGACUGUUUCGAUUUUCUUUGUUACAUUUGCCAAUUCUGAUGAUGCUAAUGCUCGUGAGCAAAAAAUAUUGGUUCCUUGGUACUGGCAAGGCCGACUAUUCAAAAUUAACGGAAGUGGAAGAAAAAGGUCAAAUUAUUGACAGGAUAUCGAAAUUUAUCCAACCAACGCCGGUUGGCUAAAAAAUCGUGUCUAAUAAUUUGAAUAAAUAACGUUGUGCUAUUUUAAUUCGUACAAAUGUAAAAUAAUAAUUAGUAAAGUUAAAUUUGUAAGGAGAAAAGAAACUUGUAUCAUAAGUAGAAAUUGAAAUUAC